AUGUUCGCACAUUCUUCUUAUACACAACCAGCAGAAGUAUUAAAAAAUGUUUCCGUACAAUUUAAUCGUUAUUUUUCGAUAUUUAUUUUUCUUUUUGGUAUGAUCGGUAAUAUUCUUAAUUGCUUUGUUUUAUCGCAACCGAAUCUUCGACUAAAUCCAUGUGCUUAUCUUUUCCUAAUUUCAUCGUUGGCAAAUAUGAUUUCCAUUACAUUCGGUUUAUCAACACGAAUCUUAUCCGGUUGGGAUAUGGACAUUACAGAUUCAAAUACUUGCAUGUGUAAGUUUCGCGCAUUUGUUAUGCUUACUUCACGAACAAUAGCUUUUUGGCUUAUCGCAUUUGCUACAAUCGAUCGUUGGUUUUCAUCAUGUUAUCAGUAUCAAAGAAGGCAGAUGAGCUCAUUGAAAAAUGCUCAACGCGGAACAAUUAUUAUUAUUAUUCUAUCAAUCCUAUUAUACAGUCAAAUACUUUACUGUUAUGAAGCAAAUAUCACUUCGACUCCGCUUAAGUGUUAUGGUAAAUCUGCAGAAUGUCGAUUACUAACUGAUAUAAUCUAUGCUUUAAUAACUAUAUUAUUUCCUUUACUAAUCAUGUGUAUAUUUGGUUUAAUGACUAUAUCAAAUAUACGUCAAACAUACUAUGUUAUUCUAUUUAAAAGAACGAGUACAGAAUCCGACAAUGAAAAUAAAACAACCUUAGUACUAACAAACGGACAACGAGAACGAUGGAAAAGAAUAGAUCGUUACUUACGUCAUGUACUUUUUGUACAAACAAUACUUUUAACUGUAUUCACACUUCCACAAGUUGUUGAAAAAAUCUAUACGACAUUGACAGAGAAUCCAAGAAAAUCCUCAUUACAUAAUACUAUUGACAAAUUUAUUUAUAAUUUUGUCCUUCUUCUUACUUAUGUUGCUAGUGGAAUGCCAUUUUAUAUAUACACAUUAAGUGGCGGAAGUAUAUUUCGGAAUGCACUAAGAAAUUUAUUUCAAUCAAUGUUUAGUUUCACAACUAACACAUCAGUCAGAACCACAGAGUAA